AUGUCAAAAGAAAACAGUCAACAACACUCACAGCCAUACCCAUCCCACCUGCACCGACAGACCAACCCAACUCCGACUUCAAACGAUGCGCAUUGGCUCGCCAUGACCGACUGGAGCAAACUAAAGGUCGUUGACCUCAAGGCGGAAUUAAAGAGGCGAGGCCUUGCGCAAAUGGGUCUCAAGCCUGCCCUCGUCGCAAGACUUGCAGCUGCAGAAAAUGAAGAAGGCUCCGAGAGCGAGAGCGAGGCGACAAUCCAGGGAGAUUCUGGAAGACCUGGUGCAGCUGCUAGUGCUGCAACAUCCCCUGAUACAACAUCACCCAUUCAACCACCUCCCGAUCCGACUUCUCAAAUACCCCAUAACGAACCCCAAGAUGCUGCGCCUGAGUCUUCCACCCCACAGGGAGCUACAGAAGCGGUUCCACGAACAAGUCCCGAACCUGUUGUGAUUCAAGAGACCGUAACUCAAUUGGAGCAGCUCGAGCAGACCGCGAAAGAACCAACCGCUACGUUGGAGAGCCCUACGCCAAUUCCUGAGACCCAUCAUUCUGCAUUGCCCUCCGCCGAAACGAAAGAAAUUGUGGAAGAUAAAAGCAAGAGAAAACGUCGAUCGCAGACCCCUCCUCCUUCGAAGCGACCCAGACUAGAAGAUGAAGAGAUGACUGAAGUGGAGGAAAAUGCCAACCAUGAAGACAAGAAGGACCUAGCGAGCACUGGCUCGGAGAGAAACCCAGCAGAUGUAGGUGUUGCUCAAUCCGGAACUACAGAUUUUGCCAUGGAAGGACAGGACAUGGUCCAGGAAAGCAAACUCGAGCCCCUCCCACAAGCGACCGAGUCAUCUGGAGACACAGUGGAUGUUGAUGUCAAGGACGGAAGCAUAUCCAAUGACCCUAUGGAUAUUUCCCCACGACACCCUUCGCGAAAUUACAAGGAGCUCUUCACAGCUCCAAGCAUGCCGUCUUUAGAAAAGUCGACAUCGCGCGAUCGUGUAGAUGCCAUGGAGACCGAGUUGCCAGAUCGAAUUAUCAUUCCAGCUAGACAUCCCGCUACAUCUGCUUUGUAUAUACGAAAUUUUAUGAGACCGCUAAACCCUGGUCAGCUCAAAAACCAUAUAGCAGAUCUAGCAGCUCCACCUGGUCGCGAAUCUGAUCCUGAGGUCAUCACUUACUUCUUCUUGGAUCCCAUUCGCACCCAUGCAUUUAUCUCUUUCGCUAAUGUGGCUGCGGCAUCGCGAGUACGCUCGGCAAUUCACGACCGUAUCUGGCCAGAUGAACGUUCACGAAGACCACUGUGGGCGGACUUCAUACCCGUAGAAAAGGUUGAGGCGUGGUCUGAGGAAGAGCAGGCUGCUGGAGGAGGACGAGCAGCAGCUAAGAAAUGGGAAGUUUACUAUGAGGAAGACGAAGAUCGUAAUGUUACAGCACACCUCCAAGAAGUAACCAACUUUCCGCAUCAACAUCCACCUAGACGACCAUCGAAUCCAGUUCCGCCACAUCAAGCACCAUUUCAACCACGUGGUAUUGAGAAUGCACCCUCUGGGCCUCGUGCUGAACAAAAUAGAGUACCACCUGCACGCGCUAUGAAUGGAUUUUCCACACUCGAUCAACUUUUUAAGAGCACUACAGCCAAACCGCUACUCUAUUGGAAACCCGUCGAUAAAGCUGUUGCUGACAAGAGACUCGACAAUAUUGACUCUGCAACAUCUCAAGAAGCUCGUGGUCGCAGACUUGAUGGUGAUAUGAAUCGGUAUACCUUUGAGGAUCGUGACGUGCUUGUAGAUCGUGGACCAGAAAUAUUUAAUGGCAUCCGACCACCACCAGGAUUCAGAGGACCGAGGGGCAAUGGUAGUGGAGGUGGACCGAAUGGAGGCGGACCUUUACGUAGAGGAUAUCAGGGUCAGGGCUACGGUGGUCGACCAGAACGUUACGACAAUUAUAGACGCGACAAUCGAAGAGGCAUGAGAGACGAUCGGCGUUAUUGGGAGUAA